AUGUCUUUUAAUGAAAAGUUUCAUAAUUUAUCUAGUAAAGGGAAAGAAGAACAGUUGUUGGAAUCCUCUGAUGAAGAAGACUCUGAGAGAGAAGUCCAAGCAGACUUUGAGUUCUUUGACCCUAAAGCUACAAACUUUCAUGGAGUCAAGAUCCUCUUACAAAACUAUCUCGAUGACAAGGAGUGGGAUCAGACAACGGUAGGAACUGUGGUUAAAGUAGCAGAUGAUGAGGAUGAGGCAUUAUUUGCUCUUGACAGUAAGUGCUUUAGAGAGCUAAAAGAGUUUCUUCUUGAAGUUUGUCCGGAGAAGAAUAUAGCGAGUGAUCUAGAACUGCUCUUGGAGAAAAAAGGCAAAAGAUGUUGUGGUUUAUUGGUAUCUCAAAGAGUGAUGAAUCUUCCUCCUCAACUUCUUCCUCCAUUGGAUGAUGGAUUGUUGGAUGAAGUCUCAUGGGCUACUGAAGACGAGUUUUCUUAUGAGAUUAGGGGGUCACUCCGCUUCAAGUCGUAUAUUCUAGUCACCAAGAUUUACAAGUUGAAGAAUCCUAAGCAGAAAAUACCUCGUCGUGGUGAAGAAGACAACGAGGAAACAAUAUUCCUUAAGCUUGAAGAUGAAAUUUUCCUCGAGCUUAGCUCUUGGUCCUUCACAUUUCUUGUGCAUUCGCAGCUCGUUACAUCUCAAGAAUCUUUGGUUCUAAUGGUGAUUCUUGCAGCUGAAGAAGCUGUCGGGUCUAGUGAUGGUCGUGGAGGCAUACAAGAUUCCUGA